AUGCAUUACUCUACCCGUUCAAUGAACUCAGCUGUUGCAUCUGAAUACUCAAAGGAUAAUAAAACUGCUGUAGAUGAGAACUAUGCUGGUUUUGCAAACGUAAAGGAUAGGUCGAAUCGAGAAAGAGGUUAUCAGCAGCAUAGAGUGGCAUUGAGUGAUGUAACUUCUCAGAUUUCAAACAAAUUGCAUACUAUUCCCAGCAAGAAUGACAUAACGGAUAAUCCUGACAAUGGGCCUAUAAAGCCUCGUGUCAUGAUGAGGAAUGAAACUUACCUCACAGAUGAGAAUAUUAACAGCGAUGCGAGGUUGGAGUCUAGGCGAAUUGAUGAGGAUAUGAAUGUGGGCGUUGUAGCAGACGAAGAUGAAGCGGAUGAAGAAGAGCCCGAGGAAAGUGAUGAUGAGGUUAAAGAGCCAUUAUCGCCCAUUUUUGAUGCUAAAUCUAAAAGGAUAUUGGAUCAAGCUUAUAAAGAAUGUCACAGAGUAGCACCCGAUCCCAUGGAUGACGAUACUUACGACGUUGUUAUGGUCGUGGAACUAAGCACAGAGAUAUUUCAGUACAUGAGAGAGCUUGAGUUGAAAUAUAGGCCAAACGCUAACUAUAUGGAGGAUCAACCCGAAUUAAAAUGGUCUUACAGAAGCACGUUAAUUGACUGGAUUGUACAGGUACACUCUAGGUUUCAACUCUUACCCGAAACCCUUUAUCUCACGGUUAAUAUCAUUGACAGGUUUUUAUCCAAGAAAGCGGUAACUUUGAAUCGGUUCCAACUGGUUGGAGCUGCUGCGUUAUUCAUUGCCGCAAAAUACGAAGAGAUCAAUUGUCCAACUUUGAAAGAUAUCGUUUAUAUGCUCGAUAAUGCUUAUUCGCGAGAUGAUAUUAUCAAAGCUGAGAAGUUUAUGAUUGACACAUUAGAAUUCGAAAUUGGUUGGCCAGGUCCAAUGUCAUUUCUAAGGAGAAUAAGCAAGGCUGAUGAUUAUGAAUAUGACAUUAGAACAUUGGCCAAGUAUCUCUUGGAGACAACUAUAAUGGAUGCCAAACUAACGGCAGCACCUCCAAGUUGGCUAGCAUCGGGUGCCUACUUUUUGAGUAGAGUCAUAUUAGGAUCCAACGACUGGACGUAUAAGCACAUAUACUACUCGGGAUACACACAAGAACAAAUAUUUUCGCUCGCGACGGUCAUGCUGGAAAAUUGUCGAUACGCAGAAAGUCGUCAUCAGGCAAUAUGGAAGAAAUAUUCUGAACGUCGUCAGCACCGUUCUGCCCAAGUAGUAGCCAAGUGGAUAGCAUUGGCUGAGAAAAAGGUCGACCAGUCAAUGGCGUAA